AUGGAGCUAGGGGAAGGUGAAGAAGAAUUAGAUUUUCUGAUUGAUACAGGAGCAACAUUUUCAGUUUUAAAUCAAGAACUAGUACCAAAGAGUGAUGAGUUUGUACAAGUUGUGGGAGCAACAGGCCAACCAGAAAAAGCUUACUUCCUAAAACCUAUUAAAUAUAAAAUUGGAAAACAAAUGGGGAUCCAUCAAUUUCUAUAUUUACCAAAUUCUCCAAAGCCUUUACUAGGAAGGGAUUUACUGGAAAAUUUGGGAACCGUAAUAAAAUUCAACAAAGACAAACUCGAAUUCCAGGUAAAUGAAGAACAACUGAUUGCAGCUUUAAGUUUGACAAUCAGUUGCAUAGAACCAAAACCUGAGAGUCGUAAUAUCGAACGGAUUAUGAGCGAGGCAUACCCAUUGGUAUGGGCCACUGAUGUACCUGGGAAAUCCAAACAAGCAACACCUAUUGCUAUUGAACUUAUACCUGGAGCAAGACCAGUGGUAAGAAAGCAGUACCCACUGAGAUUAGAAGAUAGGAAAGGGAUUGAACCCAUAAUUAGAAAAUUCUUAGAGUUAAGGUUAUUAAUAGAAUGUGAAUCAGAUUAUAACACACCAAUCCUGCCAGUUAGGAAACCAAAUGGAACUUAUAGACUGGUUCAAGAUUUAAGAGCUGUGAAUGCCAUAACAAAAACACUACAUCCAGUAGUAGCCAAUCCUUACACACUCCUAACCAAGUUAAAAGACAAUUUGAUUUGGUUCACAGUAUUGGAUCUAAAAGACGCAUUCUUUUGCCUUCCCUUAGCCCCCGAAAGCCAAAAGAUUUUUGCCUUUGAAUGGGAAUCUGUGAGCAAAGGGAGAAAGACUCAAUUAACCUGGACAGUGUUACCUCAAGGCUAUAAGAAUAGCCCAACAAUUUUUGGGAAUCAAUUGGCCAAAGAAUUAGAACAAUGGGAAAGGCCACAGGGAGAUGGUACUCUUCUUCAAUAUGUGGACGAUCUACUAAUAGCAACUGAGUCAGAAGAAGAGUGUGUUAAAUGGACUAUUUCUCUGUUGAAUUUCUUGGGUUUAAGUGGAUAUCGAGUCUCUCAACAGAAAGCGCAGCUAGUGCAAGAAAAGGUAAUAUACCUGGGAUAUGAGAUCUCCAGAGGACAACGAUCUCUAGGAACAGCAAGGAAAGAAGCCAUCUGUCAGAUGCCCAAACCGGAAACUGUGAGAGAUCUACGAGCCUUUCUGGGAAUGACAGAUUGGUGCCGUUUAUGGAUCUACCAAUAUGGGGUACUCGCCAAGCCAUUGUAUGAUUUAUUAAAAGAAGCUAAGAGUAUCCUGGUUUGGACUCCCGAAGCAGAGGGAACUUUUAAGAGACUGAAACAAGAACUCAUGAGAGCCCCGGCUUUGGGCCUCCCUGAUGUAACAAAACCAUUCUGGCUGUUCUCUCAUGAACGGCAAGGGAUGGCUUUAGGAGUCUUGGCGCAACAGUUGGGACCACACAAAAGAGCUGUGGCCUAUUUCUCCAAACAGCUAGAUGAAGUAAGCAAAGGAUGGCCCAGCUGUUUGAAAGCGGUGGCCGCAGUGAUCAUAAAUAUAGAAGAGGCCAGAAAACUCACGAUGGGCCAGAAAAUGACUGUGUUAGUGUCCCACACUGUAUCUGCUGUACUAGAACAAAAGGGUGGCCAUUGGUUGUCGCCUUCCAGAUUCCUAAAGUACCAAGCAAUCCUAGCUGAAUCAGAUGACAUAACCAUUCAAGUAACUAACGUUGUGAAUCCAGCCUCAUUUCUAGAAGGAAGAAUGUCAGCAGAACCAAUAGAGCAUGACUGCCUGGAAACCAUCGAAGCAGUCUACUCCAGUCGCCCGGAUCUCAAAGAAGAGCCAUUAGAAGAUGCAGACAACUGGUUCUCGGACGGCAGUAGCUUCGUGAAGCAAGGAGUAAGGAUGGCAGGCUAUGCAGUGACCACAACGGAAGAGGUAAUCGAAUCAAAUCCUUUACCUGCAGGGACCUCAGCCCAAAAGGCAGAACUAAUAGCUCUCACCCGAGCUCUGGAAUUAGCAGAAGGCAUACGAAUUAAUAUUUGGACAGACUCUAAGUAUGCCUUCUCCGUCGUGCAUGCUCAUGGAGCAAUUUGGAAAGAAAGAGGACUGCUAACUGCUCAAGGGAAAACAGUCAAACAUGCAGAAGAAAUUCUACGAUCGUUAGAAGCAGUCCAGCUCCCAACACAAGUGGCCAUAAUGCAUUGCAAGGGACACCUGAAAGGUAACACUGUUCCAGAAAUAGGAAAUAGGAGAGCUGAUGGAGAAGCUAAAUUAGCUGCUGCAAGAACUGAAGAAGUGGUUAUAACAGCUCUAGUACCAGGGGAACUAGAUACUGAUUUCCAACCAAAUUAUCAAGACUCAGAUCAUAGGUGGAUUCAAAAGAACAAAGGUAAAUUGUUAGAUAAUGGAUGGGGUCAAUUAGAAACAGGACAGCUAAUAAUACCAGAGAAAUUAAUGUGGCAAUUUGUAAAAACAGAACACGAGAAGGCACAUUGGAGUUUAGAUCCACUUUAUCAGUAUUUACAAACUAGAAUAGCAGGACCAAAAUUAUUCACUACCAUAAAACAAGUUACAUCCCAGUGUGAACGAUGCCUGAAGAAUAACCCAAAUACAGGAACCAAGAUACACCAAGGGGCAAUAGAUCGAGGUAAAUUUCCAGGUGAAGCAUGGCAAAUUGAUUUCUCUGAACUCCCAAGAAAAGGGGGGUAUCGAUAUCUAUUGGUACUAACUGAUACAUUUUCUGGGUGGCCUGAAGCGUUCCCCUGUAGAACAAACAAAGAGAGAGAAGUAACUAAAGUCUUACUAAAUGAAAUUAUACCACGGUUUGGAGUACCAAGAAGUAUAUCUUCAGACAGGGGUUCACAUUUUUGUGCAAAGGUUGUGAGAGCAAUAAGCAAAGCACUGCAAAUUAAAUGGCAAUUGCAUACGCCCUACAGGCCACAAGCCAGUGGGCAAGUGGAAAAGAUGAACCAUCUUAUUAAACAACAAAUUGCUAAAAUAUGCCAAGAAACUAACUUACAAUGGUAUCAGGCUCUGCCUAUUGCUCUGAUUAGAUUGAGAGUCAAACCUCGAUCGAAAGAAAGGUUGAGCCCAUUUGAAAUUCUGUAUGGUAGACCUUAUGCUAUGCAGAUUGUAAAUAGCGAUGCUGUAGACCAAAUAGGCAAUCAAUAUAUAUAUGAUUAUGUAAUUGCUGUGGGGAAACAUUUUGAUAAAAAUGCCACGAUAGUAAUAGAACACCAGCCCAAGCAACCUGACUGUAAAUUACAUCCGUUUAACCCUGGUGAUUGGGUGUAUGUUAAGAAUCUUCUAGGAAAACCCCUACAAGAAAAGUGGGAGGGACCUUUCCAAGUGCUGCUGACCACCUUCACCGCGGUUAGGAUCAAAGAACGACCUACAUGGAUUCACUACUCUCGAGUCAAGAAAGCUCCAGAAGAUAAGCGGGAAGACCUGGCAUCAUGAAUCCGGCUCUUUCAACAUUGAUCAUUGGACUUUUGAUAAGUAUUGUUUUAUCCCAAAACCCUACUCCAGAAGGGCCGUGGUCUAGUGCACGCACACUACCACGCUCCGAGGAAAACCCAGACUUUGAGAUUUAUGUAUUACAUAACAAUCAACCCUAUACGAUAGAUGAAUGGGAUAGCGGAACCCAUUUCAUAGCACAAAAAGAAGACCAAAUUCAAGUAGGAUGCCGAGAAGUCGAGGCUUUAGUGGGAAAAACAGAUAAACUAACAUUGACAAUUGAAUUCUGGCAAGAAGCCCCUAGACAGAACUUAAUUACUCAUAGCCAAGUAGAAGAUGGGAAGCCCAUCGUCUGGAUUGAACAGAAGGGACCAGUCUCAUGUCAAUGGGAUAGUACUGAAGGGGGUAGAGCACAGUGUGAAAUUAUAUUCAAACUAGAUCAAUCGAUGUCGUUUUCAUGUAGCAGAGAAGCCAAGAUUCUUGAACCCAUUGGUGAACAAGGCAUUGUAACCGGUAGAGCCUUUAAGCGGGCCAUUAGAUUAGCAACAGACUCGAUUGUGAGCCCGUCUCGUGAAACCACUCCGCCUCUAGAAUGCAGGAAGAUACAUAAUUUAACCUUUAUAGGACCUCAAGUAAUAAGACAAUCGAACGAACUAAAGUUGUUAUUAGAUCCUACAUAUUCUCUGAAGAAAAUACAGAUGAACAUUCAG